GCGCCUAGCCAAUAGUUGAUGCCCGGGGACUGGGCAGAUCGCGCCCCAACUCCUCCAGCAGUGCGGCCCCCCGGGCCGAUCUCCAGCCGGCAUUCCGGGUCCCCCUCGGAGCCAGGUUCCAGAGUGGGGUUGAUUCCGCCCCCGGACCCACUCCGCUCGGCCCUAGGCGCCCGCCCCGGCCGGGCCUCGCCGCCCGCUCUUCUCUGCAGAGGAGGCGGCGAGUGAGCGCGCGCCCCCGGUCCACACGGUUUCUCUUUCUCCCCAGGGAGAGCGCGCGGCAGACGCGCCCCGGACGCUCGGCGGCACCAGGAGGCCGGGUUGAGCGGUGAAAUUUCAAAUAGAAUCUUCUGUAGUACUGACUGUCACCGAUUUUCCAAGAUUUUUAUAAAAGACUCAAAAGGACUAUCCUUUCAGGUACCUGUUCGGAUAGUUGCAGCCUGUCCCAGAAAAUCGUUGCAAUGUCACCACCACAAGCUGGUUUAUAGGUUGUACUUUUUUAGUGUGGAUGCUGUUGUCUAAAUGUCUAUAGCAAUGGCACAAGAAUAUAAGAAAGCAUGGGAUUAUGGCAAUCACAGAGUUUCAGUAGCACGAGUGCCCUUCUGUUUUUUCUGAGAGUCGUCUGUUAAAGUGAAGCAAGGGAACUAUUGUGGAUUACAAUGUUUUGAAGCUCUAGAUUUCCAGUGGAUUGAAAAUAAGGAAUCAUUUAACCUUUUAAAUGAAAAAGAUUAAGUUCUCAUGUGACUGUUGUAUUUUCUCAAAGCCAUUCUCCAAGAGGGAAGUGCACAUUUAAGACAUAGAAAAUGAUGGUCCUUUCUGCGGGGAUUUAAGUCUAAUUGCUUUUACAUCAUGACCAGCUUGAAACGGUCACAGACAGAAAGGCCCGUUGCCACUGACAGGGCCUCCAUUGUUGGCACAGAUGGCACCCCCAAAGUCCACACCGAUGACUUCUACAUGCGGCGCUUCCGGUCCCAAAAUGGCAGCUUAGGAUCAUCAGUAAUGGCUCCAGUAGGGCCCCCUCGAAGUGAAGGUUCUCACCAUAUCACCUCAACCCCUGGAGUUCCAAAGAUGGGGGUUAGGGCAAGGAUCGCAGAUUGGCCUCCAAGAAAGGAAAAUAUAAAAGAAUCUAGCCGUUCAAGCCAGGAAAUAGAAACCUCAAGUUGCCUUGAGAGCAUGUCCUCCAAAAGCAGUCCUGUGAGUCAGGGAAGUUCUGUUAGCCUCAAUUCCAAUGACUCAGCCAUGCUGAAAAGCAUACAGAACACGCUGAAAAGCAAGACCAGACCGUCGGAGAACAUGGACUCCAGAUUUCUCAUGCCUGAAGCCUAUCCCAGCUCCCCUCGGAAAGCUCUCCGCAGAAUCCGGCAGCGGAGCAACAGCGACAUCACCAUAAGUGAACUUGAUGUGGAUAGCUUUGAUGAAUGUAUCUCACCCACAUACAAGAGUGGACCCUCACUGCACAGGGAAUAUGGCAGCACAUCUUCCAUUGAUAAGCAGGGAACGUCCGGAGACAGCUUUUUUGAUUUGUUAAAGGGCUACAAAGAUGACAAAUCUGAUCGAGGUCCAACUCCAACCAAGCUCAGUGACUUUCUCAUUGCUGGUGGGGGCAAGGGUUCCGGUUUCUCUUUGGAUGUUAUAGACGGGCCCAUCUCACAGAGAGAGAACCUCAGGCUUUUUAAGGAAAGGGAAAAACCACUCAAGCGGCGCUCGAAGUCUGAAACUGGAGACUCAUCCAUCUUUCGUAAAUUACGCAAUGCCAAAGGUGAAGAACUCGGGAAAUCGUCUGAUCUAGAAGAUAACCGAUCAGAAGACUCUGUCAGGCCCUGGACAUGUCCAAAGUGCUUUGCCCACUACGAUGUCCAGAGUAUACUGUUUGAUUUGAAUGAGGCGAUUAUGAACAGGCACAAUGUUAUUAAGAGGAGAAACACCACCACGGGAGCCUCGGCAGCUGCCGUGGCAUCCCUGGUCUCUGGACCUCUGUCCCAUUCAGCCAGCUUCAGCUCCCCCAUGGGCAGCACAGAGGACCUGAAUUCCAAAGGGAGUCUCAGCAUGGACCAGGGAGAUGACAAAAGCAACGAACUGGUAAUGAGCUGUCCAUACUUUCGGAAUGAGAUAGGUGGAGAAGGUGAAAGAAAAAUCAGCCUGUCAAAGUCUAACUCUGGCUCCUUUAGUGGAUGUGAAAGUGCCUCCUUCGAAUCUACUCUUAGCUCCCAUUGCACAAACGCAGGAGUGGCAGUACUUGAAGUGCCCAAGGAAAACUUGGUGUUGCAUUUAGAUAGAGUGAAAAGAUACAUCGUGGAACACGUGGAUUUGGGCGCAUACUAUUAUAGAAAGUUUUUCUACCAGAAGGAACACUGGAACUAUUUUGGGGCUGAUGAGAAUCUUGGUCCAGUGGCUGUGAGCAUUCGAAGGGAAAAACCAGAAGAAAUGAAAGAAAAUGGAUCUCCAUACAACUACCGUAUAAUCUUCAGAACAAGUGAGCUUAUGACACUGAGAGGUUCUGUCCUGGAAGAUGCCAUUCCCUCCACAGCGAAGCACUCGACAGCCAGAGGGCUGCCUCUGAAGGAAGUGCUAGAGCACGUGAUCCCUGAGCUCAAUGUCCAGUGCCUGCGGUUGGCCUUCAACACUCCCAAAGUCACAGAGCAACUCAUGAAACUGGAUGAACAAGGGCUGAACUAUCAGCAGAAAGUGGGCAUCAUGUACUGCAAAGCUGGACAAAGUACCGAAGAAGAGAUGUACAACAAUGAAUCAGCCGGGCCAGCCUUUGAGGAAUUCCUUCAGCUUUUGGGAGAACGAGUUCGCCUCAAAGGAUUUGAGAAGUAUCGUGCACAGCUUGACACCAAAACUGACUCCACUGGAACCCAUUCUCUGUAUACAACAUACAAAGACUAUGAAAUUAUGUUUCAUGUCUCUACCAUGCUGCCAUACACGCCUAACAACAAGCAACAGCUCCUACGGAAACGGCACAUUGGGAAUGAUAUUGUGACAAUUGUUUUCCAAGAGCCUGGCGCACAGCCAUUCAGCCCAAAAAAUAUUCGAUCCCACUUUCAGCACGUUUUUGUCGUUGUCAGGGCCCAUAACCCGUGCACUGACAGUGUCUGUUACAGUGUGGCUGUCACCAGGUCCAGAGAUGUGCCUUCCUUUGGGCCUCCCAUUCCUAAAGGGGUCACUUUCCCUAAGUCAAAUGUGUUCAGGGACUUCCUUUUGGCCAAAGUGAUUAAUGCAGAAAAUGCUGCUCAUAAAUCAGAAAAGUUCCGGGCUAUGGCAACUCGGACCCGCCAGGAAUACCUGAAAGAUCUAGCAGAAAAGAAUGUCACCAACACACCUAUCGACCCUUCUGGCAAGUUUCCGUUCAUCUCUCUGGCCUCUAAGAAGAAGGAAAAGUCUAAGCCCUAUCCAGGAGCUGAGCUCAGUAGCAUGGGGGCCAUCGUGUGGGCAGUCCGGGCCAAAGACUACAACAAGGCUAUGGAAAUAGACUGCCUCUUAGGGAUCUCCAAUGAGUUCAUCGUCCUCAUCGAGCAGGAAACAAAGAGCGUGGUUUUCAAUUGUUCCUGCAGAGAUGUGAUAGGGUGGACUUCAACUGACACCAGUCUCAAGAUUUUCUAUGAACGAGGAGAAUGUGUUUCAGUGGAGAGUUUUAUUAGCAAUGAGGAUAUCAAAGAGAUUGUCAAAAGGUUGCAGUUUGUUUCAAAAGGCUGUGAAUCAGUGGAGAUGACUUUGCGAAGAAAUGGGCUGGGGCAGCUCGGCUUUCAUGUCAACUACGAGGGCAUUGUGGCAGACGUGGAGCCCUAUGGCUAUGCCUGGCAGGCAGGGCUGAGGCAGGGCAGCCGCCUGGUGGAGAUCUGCAAGGUGGCAGUGGCCACCCUGAGUCACGAGCAGAUGAUCGAUCUCCUGAGAACAUCCGUCACCGUGAAGGUCGUCAUCAUUCCCCCCCAUGAUGACUGCACCCCACGGAGGAGCUGCUCUGAAGCCUACCGCAUGCCAGUGAUGGAGUACAAGAUGAACGAAGGCGUGUCGUACGAAUUCAAGUUUCCCUUCCGAAAUAACAACAAAUGGCAGAGGAAUGCCAACAAGGGGCCUCAUUCACCUCAAGUUCCGUCCCAGGUGCAGAGUCCCAUGACCUCACGGCUGAAUGCUGGGAAAGGAGAAGGGAAGAUGCCUCCUCCUGAAAGAGCCGCCAACAUUCCUCGAAGCAUUUCCAGUGACGGACGUCCACUAGAAAGGCGGCUGUCUCCUGGUUCGGACAUCUAUGUGACGGUCUCGUCCAUGGCUUUAGCAAGAUCCCAGUGUCGUAACUCCCCUAGCAACCUGUCUUCAUCCAGUGAGACUGGCUCUGGGGGGGGCACUUACAGACAAAAGUCCAUGCCCGAAGGGUUUGGAGUGAGCCGCAGAUCCCCAGCCUCCAUCGACAGGCAGAACACUCAGUCAGAUAUCAGUGGAAGCGGAAAGUCGACACCCAGCUGGCAAAGAAGUGAGGAUAGCAUUGCCGACCAGAUGGCUUACAGUUAUAGAGGACCUCAGGAUUUCAAUUCUUUUGUCCUCGAGCAGCAUGAAUAUACAGAGCCAACAUGCCAUCUCCCAGCAGUAUCAAAGGUACUGCCCACGUUCCGAGAGAGCCCCAGUGGGAGAUUAAUGCGGCAGGAUCCAGUGGUUCAUUUGUCUCCAAACAAACAAGGGCAUUCUGACAGCCACUACUCGAGCCACUCCAGUAGCAAUACCCUCUCCAGCAACGCAUCGAGUGCCCACAGCGAUGAGAAGUGGUACGAUGGGGACCGCACAGAAUCCGAACUCAACAGCUACAACUAUCUGCAGGGCACCUCUGCGGACAGCGGCAUCGACACCACCUCCUAUGGCCCCAGCCACGGCAGCACAGCCUCGCUGGGGGCUGCCACGUCGUCGCCUCGCUCAGGGCCAGGCAAGGAGAAAGUGGCGCCCCUGUGGCAUAGCUCUAGUGAGGUGAUCUCCAUGGCAGAUCGGACUUUAGAGACAGAGAGCCACAGCAUGGACCGGAAGGCAGAGUCCUCCCUGAGUUUGGAUAUCCACAGCAAGAGCCAAGCCAGCUCGAACCCUCUGUCAAGAGAGAACAGCACUUUCAGUAUAAAUGACGCUGCUUCCCACACAAGUACCAUGAGCUCCCGACACUCUGCCAGCCCAGUCGUUUUCACCAGUGCCAGAAGUUCACCAAAAGAAGAGCUUCACCCUGCCACCCCCUCGCAGCUCGCCCCUUCCUUCUCCUCGUCCUCCUCCUCCUCGUCUGGUCCUAGGACUUUCUACCCUCGCCAGGGCGCUACUAGCAAGUACCUGAUUGGAUGGAAAAAACCUGAAGGAACCAUAAACUCCGUGGGAUUUAUGGAUACAAGAAAGCGUCAUCAGAGUGAUGGCAAUGAAAUAGCGCACACCAGGCUGCGUGCCUCAACCAGGGACCUCCGUGCAUCCCCCAAGCCAACUUCCAAGUCCACCAUCGAAGAGGAUCUAAAGAAACUGAUCGACCUUGAGAGCCCAACUCCCGAAUCGCAGAAGAACUUUAAGUUCCACGCGCUGUCCUCCCCGCAGUCUCCUUUCCCCCCGACCCCCACCUCCAGGCGGGCCCUGCACAGGACGCUGUCGGACGAGAGCAUUUACAGUGGCCAGAGGGAGCACUUCUUCACCUCCAGAGCUUCACUUCUGGACCAAGCCCUGCCCAAUGACGUCCUCUUCAGCAGCACAUACCCCUCUCUCCCCAAGUCUCUCCCACUGCGGAGACCUUCCUACACCUUGGGGAUGAAGUCACUGCAUGGGGAGUUCUCAGCCUCAGACAGCUCCCUCACCGACAUCCAGGAGACCCGGAGGCAGCCCAUGCCCGACCCUGGCCUGAUGCCUCUGCCUGACACCGCUGCGGAUUUGGAUUGGUCCAACUUGGUAGAUGCUGCCAAAGCCUAUGAGGUCCAGAGAGCCUCGUUUUUUGCUGCUAGUGAAGAAAACCACCGCCCCUUGAGCGCCGCAUCCAACAGUGACCAGCUUGACGACCAGGCUCUGGCCCAGAUGAAGUCUUACAGCAGCAGUAAGGAUUCCUCUCCUACUCUGGCUUCUAAAGUGGACCAGUUGGAAGGUAUGCUGAAGAUGCUUCGGGAAGAUUUGAAGAAGGAAAAGGAAGACAAAGCCCACCUUCAGGCGGAAGUCCAGCACUUGCGAGAGGACAACCUGAGGCUGCAGGAGGAGUCUCAGAAUGCCUCAGACAAGCUGAAGAAGUUCACGGAAUGGGUCUUCAACACCAUAGACAUGAGCUAGGGGAGGCCAGGGUGGAGAGGAGGAGGGCCUGGGGACACUCUCCAGGCAGUGCUCUGAAGCCGUUGCAAGCACUCUCAGAGCACCCGUCUCUGCGUCGUGGUCUUUGCCCCCUUUCGGGGAGUGCACAACCCAACAAUUGCAGAUCAACAAUCAUUAUCUGCCUUUUGUAGAAAAGAAAAACAAAAAUAAAAUAAAAAUUUUAAAAGGUAAAAUAAAACUUUAACUGCUAAAAUGUGAAUGUCUUUAUUUUUUUGCACAAUAUCUUUAUCUGUUAUGUAUUUAAAAAGAAACUGGGCCUAGGACCAGGAUGCCCUGGCCCAUUUGCCUCUUUCCAUCAGCUUUCUUAUCUAUUUCAGGUAACCCAAGCUUUCCCUUGUUAUCCUGACAAUGUCAUUGUUCCUAGGAAUUAAAGUUCUUUUUUAAACUUGUUUAUUCGGAGAACGGGGAGGGGUAUUUCUUUACCUGCUUUCCUAAAAUGCCUGGAGAGGGAGGCGCUUUGAAAAAAAUGGCACCUCUCUUGAAUGACUUGUGCAUGAGUUAGUCCUGUUUGUACCUACCUUGCAGAGAUCAGCAGCAAGUCAGUAAGCCAGAGGGCACUGGCAGUGCCUGCAGGCCACACCCCUUUUCAAUCCUAUGUUGUGACGUCAUUUUCUGCUCCCUUCCUUUCUCCAGGGGGGUGGUCUCCGGUGUGCUCCUCAGAGCCAGGUUUCUUGUUUGUUUGGCUUCACUUAGCUUCCCCAGAUUGGAAUCAACCUCUCUUCAUCUCCUUGACUCCAAUCCUUAGUUGGUUUCAGAAUUCCCCCAAACUAAAACCUCACCUAUAUGCAUUUCAGUCAAAAGUAUAAUAUAGUUUUUAUCUGAGAUUUUUAAAGAUAAAAAUGUGGGCAUAAUUUUUUUUCUUUUUUAGUUGAAAAUGACUAAUACAUUAGAAAAAGCUCUCCAAAGCAAGACUUCACCAGUAUUUGUAACUCAGAAAAGCUAAUAGUGAAUGUUAAUUGUGAAUUUUAAUCUUUGCUUGUUCGGGACAAUGAUUGUGAUACUAGAAUGGGCUUUCAAAAUCUGCAUGUCCCAGUGUGAAAUUUAAGCACGACAUUUUCUGCAUCCUUUCGUGGCCUUCCAGAGGAUUCUGCUGCAGAAAUGAUUGAUGUGCUGUUUUUUCCUGUCGAGUGAUGCAGGCUGCUUAGGGCCUAGGGCCACUGUUGUGAAGGCCUCGCCGCCACUGAGCACAGACACAGUGCUGACUCUAACUUGAGGAGACCCCCUUGUUGCCUUCGUAAAUGUCACUAAACUGACCUCUCUUCUCCUUCCAUGGUGACUCUGGCCUAAGGGACUGUUCAGCAGUCUAGCUGCAUCUGCUGGGAAGUUCCUACCCUGAGUAAUUUCAGCCCAUUCCUUUCUGUACCCCUGAAAGAAACAGGGUGGGUCCCCCCCCCCCACUACCAGGUUUUUAUGCUACAGUUUAAUUCAUGAUUGAUUUCUCCAUGGAUUUUUUUUUCCUUCUGGGAACAUUUCUAUCAUGGAAAUAGGAAGAUUUCGGAGUGCUUUGUGAAGGUUUCAGUUGUCUGUCUCUUUCUCUUUCUGACUUGUACGAAGGAGAUUGUACAUUGCCUGAUAUCUCUUUGUAAAUGAGAAAUACUGCUAACAUCCAAGCAUUCUGAAGUCUUGCUUAUCCUUCUGAGUUUACUUUUCAUUUUGUUUUACAUUUUGUUUGGGGACUUGGGGCAAGCUAUUUAUUAGAGUUUUGCAACAGAGUUCUUGUUUGAAGUCUCUAAAGACUACUUGUAAAAUUCAAAUAAUAAAAUUCAUUUUAAACACUC